UUUUCAGCCCGCGAACACGGAACGGCUUUUGGUAAACGCUUCGUUAACUACACACAGAUCACAAAUGGCAGACGCUGAGCAGGAAGCCUAAAGGGAAAGAAACUCAGGCGGUGGUGAUAAGAAGGCACCUGGAGCUGAAGACAUGAGCCAGCUGCGGGCCACGAAGCCCGGACUCCUCGUGUGCACAGCCGUGUGCGUGUGCGUUUUUCUUUAUUUAAGGGACCCACCUCCGGAGGAACCGGAGGAGUCCACCUAUCCAGCAGCGGUGGAAUGUGGCUUUUAUCCAGAUGAACUGUGUUCAGCUUUAUUUGAAGGGAAAGAGGCCGCCCCCCAAAUUGCAACUUUUUGUAAAAACCCUCACGGUUCUCAAAUACUCGCUCACUUGCGCACACCAGGAAACUGCUCCAGGAUUUCCCAGCAGGUGCAUUUCAUAACCAGACCCUUGUCUGCAGAAGAGGGCAAUUUCUCUUUGGCAUAUAUCGUAACUACUCACAAGGACCUGGCUAUGUUUGUGCAGCUGCUCAGGUCUAUUUAUGUGCCUCAAAACCUUUACUGUAUUCAUGUUGACAAAAAGGCCCCAAAGAAGUAUAAGAGUGCUGUGCAAACCCUGGUGAACUGUUUUGAAAAUAUUUUUAUUUCAUCAAAGAGAGGAAGAGUGGCCCACACUGGCUUUACAAGACUGCAGGCAGAUCUUACUUGUAUGAGAGAUCUGGUCCGUUCCAAAUUUCAGUGGAACUAUGUCCUUAACCUUUGUGGACACGACUUUCCAAUCAAAACCAACAAAGAAAUCAUACACUACAUCAGGAGCAAGUGGACUGAUAAAAACAUCACUCCUGGAGUGAUCCAACCACCACACGCUGCAUCCAAGACAAGUGGAAGUCGUCUUGAAUUCACCCCUGAAGGAAGAGGUAUCUACAGAUCUCCAAACAGGAGAUUCAAAGAUGAACCACCCCAUAACUUAACCAUUCAUUUCGGAAGCGCUUACUAUGUACUAACGAGGAAGUUUGUAGAAUUUGUACUGACGGACAUCCGCGCAAAAGACCUGCUCCAGUGGUCCAGAGACGUCCAGAGCCCAGAACAGCAUUACUGGGUGACUCUGAACCGACUGAAAGAUGCCCCGGGAGCCACACCUGACGCUGGCUGGGAAGGAGACAUUCGAGCCAUUAAAUGGAGGAACGAGGAGGGAAGUGUUCACGAUGGAUGUAAAGGGCGCUACGUCCACGAGAGCUGUGUGUAUGGACCAGGAGACCUGCCGUGGAUCAUUCGGUCACCUUCUCUGUUUGCCAGCAAAGUGGACUCGACAGACCCCCUGGUGGUCACGUGCCUGGAGAGGCGGCACAGGCUCCAGGCGCUGCGGCAGGCAGAGGUCCCUGCGGAGCCACACUGGCGCUUUCAACAGGAGAGUCAUUUCAACACGACACGGAGCCGCUGA